CCUCGCCCCAUCGCCAUGGAAGGUCCAGGAAUGCCGCCCGGCCGUAGGAGAAGCCACGGCCACGGACACCGCCGCUGCUGCUGCUGCUGCUUCUCGCCGCUGCUGCUGGCGCUGCUGGUGAGCUGCGUGGCGUGCCAGGCUCCGCCGGUGCCGGCUGCCGGGGAGCCGCCGUGGGACGGCAAGGAUGUGCUGGUGGAGCGCAGCUACGUCCCCCCCGAGUGCCCGCGCACCGUCCGCGCCGGAGACUUCGUGCGCUACCAUUACCACGGCACCUUCCCCGACGGCGCCAAGUUCGAUUCCAGCUAUGACAGGGGUUCCACAUUCAACGUUUUUGUGGGGAAAGGACAGCUUAUUGCUGGGAUGGACAAAGCUCUGAUUGGCAUGUGUGUGAAUGAGAGGCGGUUCGUAAAAAUCCCACCCCAUCUUGGCUACGGGAAUGAAGGUGUUUCUGGUGUAAUUCCUGCAAACUCGGUGCUUCACUUUGAUGUGCUUUUGAUCGACCUUUGGAAUUCUGAAGACCAAGUUCAUAUUCAAACUUAUUACAAGCCAGAAAAUUGCACGAGAACAAUCCAGGUGUCUGAUUUUGUAAGAUACCAUUACAAUGGGACAUUUCUAGAUGGUACACUGUUUGACUCGAGCCACAAUAGAAUGCGAACAUAUGACACUUAUGUGGGCAUCGGUUGGCUGAUCCCCGGUAUGGACAAAGGUCUCCUUGGAAUGUGUGUCGGAGAAAAGCGCAUUAUCACAGUACCGCCUUUCCUGGCGUAUGGAGAAGACGGAGAUGGUAAAGAAAUCCCAGGUCAAGCGUCUCUGGUCUUUGAUGUGGCUCUCCUAGAUCUCCACAACCCCAAAGACACCAUCGCUGUGGAAAAACAGUAUGUGCCUGAAACCUGUGAGCGUAGAAGCCAAGUAGGGGACUUCCUCAGAUAUCAUUAUAAUGGCACACUUUUGGAUGGCACAUUGUUUGAUUCUAGUUAUUCACGGAACCGAACAUAUGAUACCUACAUUGGGAAAGGUUAUGUGAUUGCUGGGAUGGAUGAAGGCUUGCUUGGUGUAUGCAUAGGAGAGAAGAGGAGAAUAACCAUCCCACCUCACUUGGGGUAUGGUGAAGAGGGAAGUGGAAAGAUUCCAGGAUCUGCUGUGCUGGUCUUUGAUAUUCAUGUGAUAGACUUCCAUAAUCCAUCUGACACUGUGGCUAUUACCACCCAUUAUAAACCUAGCAAUUGCUCUGUUCUGAGCAAGAAAGGCGAUUACGUGAAGUAUCACUACAAUGCCUCACUCUUAGAUGGCACUGUGCUAGAUUCAACGUUUACCCUUGGGAAAACCUAUAAUGUAGUGCUGGGUUCUGGACAGAUUGUAUUGGGAAUGGAUAUGGGUCUCAGAGAUAUGUGUGUUGGAGAGAAAAGAACAGUUAUUGUCCCACCCCACCUUGGCUAUGGAGAGGCUGGAGUUGAAGGAGAAGUGCCUGGUAGCGCCGUAUUAGUUUUUGACAUUGAACUGUUCGACUUGGUGUCUGGCCUACCAGAGGGCUAUAUGUUUGUAUGGCAUGAUGCAGUCUCUCCUAAUCUCUUUGAAGAGAUUGACAAAGAUAAUAAUGGAGAGGUUCUUCUGGAAGAGUUUGGCAAGUACAUCCACGAACAAGUCAAGGCUGGCAAAGGAAAGUUAGCUCCUGGCUUUGAUUCUGAAUCAAUUGUGAAAAACAUGUUCAGCAAUCAGGACCGAAACGGAGAUGGCAAGAUUACUGCUGAUGAAUUCAAACUGAAAGACCAAGAGCCACAGGGACAUGACGAACUGUAGUUUGUUUUUAAAAUUUGUAGGAGCUAAACUGCUGUCGGAAUGUAUGCACAAUAGAAGUGGUUUGAAAUGUGUGUGUGUAUACUUAAAAGUGUGGACAGUGAAAACGAAUACUGUAAGAGUGAAGUAGGCUAAAGUAAGGGGAAGACGAUGGCAUUUAUUAUAAAACAUGAAAUGCCUCAAAAUUGGUUUCAAUGACUUAAAAAAAA